UAGAACCCUUCGUUGUCCAUUUAAAUUCCUGACCAUUAUCAAAAAGUCGUUUUAUAACCCUUACAAGAACAUAAGUUCAUGUAUUUUACAGUUUUGGUUAUUCAGUAACAUGAGACGAUGUGAUGAUCUGAAGAAGGAAUUUCAAUUUAGCAAUUUUGUAUUUGAUCAUGAUUCCCCUAAACUGUUUGUUCUGACAGAGUGUGGUCCUGGGAUCUUAUAUCCUAUAUGGAGUGGAUUUUGGUUAGUAUGGCAUAUUGUAUGGUUUUCUCUUGAUCCGUACAAUGCAUACAAAAAUGGAGGAGACGGUGAUCCAUAUUACUUCAUAUAUUUGACAAACUGGGGUUAUAUACUGGUGGGAUUUCAUAAUCUUGUGGAUUUUAUUGUUACUUUAUAUGUCCAUGUGAGGAGAUCUGAUAUUGUACAUUUAUCUCCCAAGUCAGAUAAUAAAGAUCAAAUGCCAUGGUAUAUAAAACUACUUUGGAUAUUGUUUGAGAUCAAUAACAGUAUAAGUGUCUUGAUAACUAUAGCAUUCUAUGGCUUACUGACACCAAGUGGUGACCCAACUAGUAUAGAAAAGCACGCCAUUAACUCAGUGUAUGUUCUGUUGAAUCAUUUUGUCUGUGCCAAACCUGUUCGAUUAUUACAUGUUAUAUAUCCGCUAGUAAUCGGUGUUAUUUAUGUAAUAUUUUCCGUGAUUUAUCAAGUUGGCGGAGAUGGAGCAGCAAUUUAUUCGGUUUUAGACUGGGACCAAGCUGGAACGACUAUCAUAUAUGUCGUAGCUCUCACAUUUAUUGGUGUUCCUGUUGUUCACAUAGCUUUCUUUGCUAUGUAUCAGCUACGCAUAUUUAUCCACGACAAAUGUUGCGCUAAACUGAAUAUAGUGCAUUGUUAUAAUGAAGAAACCGCAAUCAGAUCUGGAGAAAGGGGUGUGUCAUCUUACUAGUGAUGAAUGUAUCAGCAUUUCAACUCAUCUAUGCUAGUUUAGUAUUUUAUUAUUUUAACACUUUUAUUUCAUAUCUUAUGAGAGCGCAGAUCCAUUAAAAUUAAUGUCAAAUUGUGUUGUAUACUAUUUAUUUUUAUAUUCUUUCAUUCAUAUUUCUGAACCAACAUAUUGUGUAUUUGCAAACAUUUAACUUGGGGAACAGUAUAUAUGUUCCUGAUUUAGAUGAAUGUCCAGUGGCGGAUCCAGGGGUUGGUCCAGGGGUUGUACGCCUUUUUUUGGACGAGCAAUGCAUUUGAAUGGGGACAUUUCGUUGGACCUCAGUCCCCCCCUUUUUUUAAUGGGUUUGGAAUCCUCCUUUUAAAAUGGUUGGAUCCGACCCUGAUGUCGACCACGAAUAUCAGAAUGUGUUCAUGGUAAAAUAUACCUGAGUGUUUUUAUAUUAAAACAACAAGAUUUUUUCUAAAGCGUAAUGUUCUCAUCAUUUGUUUGUAGCAUUAUAGAUUCUUUUGGCUGUCGACAUAUAACAAAGGUGUCAAGUAGAAGGUUUAUUUUAAGUUUGUAUUAUGUA